UCGCGCCGCACUAACAGGUGCAUUCGAUAUCUCCUGCGUUUUCUGACCCCCUGGUACCUUGACCAUUGUGAGAAACCUAAAUACAGGACCAAGUGCUGUGUUUUGUGUGAUUUUUUACACCAUCUUGGAAAUUACCUCCAUUUCUUACCUUCAGUUCGACUUUUCGCCACGCCGGUUUUACCACUGCCAACUAUUCCGCCCUUCAACGUGCUUAAUGUCGCAAUGCUAGACAACUAUUUUGAUAAGAAAAACGCUCAAGCCUAUAGAAAAUUAGAGAGGUGUUGGCGCACGUGACGUCACCGCCGAAAGGAGGGCGACAUGAGCCAGUCGCAGGAUGAGGCCCGGGCGGCCCGGAUACAGAAGUAUAAAGAAGAAAGAAGAAAACAGUUAACAGCUAGGACAGCAACGUUGUUUUCUUCGAACGUCACUGAAAGACGUCCGAAGAAAGCCGCCGGCCGGUCACAAUCUGAUGACACUGCGGAACAUCUCAAGUCUUCUUCGGAGCUGAACCUCAACACAGCUUCCACUUCAGUACCCAUCAGAACCACCCGCACUUCACGCCUGAGAGCUGCCGCCGCCACCCACUCCGAUUCCUCGCCGUCUCCUAGAAAAUCCAACAGAAGCUCUUCAGUCCAAUCCCUGUUAGAAGACGCCAAGAAAACACCCAAGAGUUCCAAAGUCAUAGACAGAGACAAACAAAGACAAGCCACCAACAGAAGGCAAAGCAACGAAAAGGAAAACGUGAAAAGCCCGCCCGCGGCUCAUUCUGAUAAAGAUAUUGGUGCUAUUAAAACGAAAUCGAAACAUUCCAGUCGUAAAAAUAUUUUAGAAAAAGACAAAAGUAACUUUUUAUUGAAUAGUCCUAAAGAAAAUGUUGACGAUAAAUACGGUACGAAGUUAGAUGAGAAACGAAAGAGGAAUUCCGUGACGGAUAAUAAGUUAGAUAGUCAGAAGAUUGAGGAUAAAAUCGAGAAGUCAGUUUAUGUUAAAGAUGAAGAGAUUUUUAAUGAUAUCUUAGGAGAUAAGAUGUUGUCUGACAGCCUGGAUAAACAGAACAUCGAGGAUUUGUUCAAUGACCUUGUGGUUAGUAACACAGUCGUCCACAAUGACAUCGAAGUUGAUUUGAGCGAUGCGGAUGAAACUACGAGGCUGACAGAUGGUCACAAAGCUAACAUUCCUGCGGAAGAAGCGAAAGGAGCCAGCAAAGUUGUUAAUGUAGUGAAAUUAGAAGAUAGUGGUGUGCCAAAAGUUGUAAAGGAAGAUGUGGGAGGAUUGUUAGGGGCCGUGUGUGUUCGUAAAGUAGAAAGAUUUAGUGAAUUGCUCAGUAAUUUAUGUUCGCCGUGCGAGGCCGAUAUCUUAUUCGAGGACAUUUUGGUUGAGAAUGGGAUCGAUGGAGAUGGCAACUUGCGCACAGCUCCAGAAUGCACGCCGCCGUGCCGCCGCGCGCAGCCGUCGCCGCGCACGACCAGCACGCCGAAUCAUGCGCAGCCUGUCGUCGCCAACGUCUCCACUGGAACAGUCGCGAAAACAAGAAGUCGCCGACCCCUCGAAACGCCACAACCCAAGACUGAAAAUUCACUGCCGUCUUCCAGAGUAUCUCCUAAGAGUGCUUUUAAUUUAUCCUUCGGCAUUAAGUCGUCUCUUCUCAAAUCUCCUAACGCUCCCUCCACUAACAAACCCGCUGAGAGGCGUCGCAGUUUAGAUACUGGCACCAAACCUAGUUGUAUACCCUUGAAAAAGUCAGCCGAGAAACAUUCUCGCACCUCUACGUCACCCCUAAAGCAAGAUUUAUCGAAACCAGAUUCAAAAACCAAGUUGGAGUCGCCGCGAAGAAAUACAACACGCAGAAGCCCCGAUAAGGCAAAAAGUGACACAGAAAACAACCGAAUCGACAGAAGACAUCGAGUUCAGAAAGAUAGCGAAAGUGUUAGCGAAAAAUAUCAUAAUUCAAAGAAAAGACUGACUAGUUUAGAAAAUAAUUCUCCAAGAGAUACGAACGACGCUAGCCACGUUUCGUCUAAAAAUGUAUUGAAGAAUAAUACCGGAUCGAAUAAAUCUGAUGCUAUCGUUGGUGGCUUGGUAGAGGAAAAUAAAGACGCAAAAAUGUUGUCUACGUUACAUGAAACUGUUAGACCACAUGCGAGUAAUUCCAGACUUUCGCAAGAGAUGGACAGCUUGGCUGCGUUGACCAAACAGACAUUAGAUAGGGUUAACAAAUUGUCGAAUAACUUAACUAGUAAUAAGUUAACUGUAGACACACCUGAACAACGUUUUGACUCUUUAUUCGGAUCUAAUAAUGAACAAAGAUUAAAUAAUCAUAACUAUAAUUACGGUCUUACCAAUGAGAGACCAGCUCAAUCCAGAGGAGUCACUGAAAGGCUGAAGGAUAUAGACACAGCAGCUCAGAGACUUAUCGACUUUGAAAAGCAAAGUGCAAUGUUUUCUGAUCUCAAUAACGAUACGUCUAGUCAAAACCGUCGUCUUGAUACUUCGUCGACGUCCUGUAGUCAUACGCCCGUGUCUAUUUUAAAACGCAAAUCUAUUCAUGAAGAUAGCGUAUUAUCGAAUGCUUCAAACCAUGCUAUAGCUUCUCCCCCUGUUACAUUUUCCCCGAGCGUGGUAGAACCUCGGAGCUGCCGCUUAGAUAAUAGGCAGCGUCAAGGAAUACUGAAAAAACGCCGUAGUUUGGAUGAGUCUCAAGUUGCUAGGAGGAGGUCGUGUAGUCCAGAAGUUUCCUUUGCCGAAGAUGGUUCUAUCGACACAAACAAACCAAUUUUGAAAAAUAGGAGAUCAUCAUUAGAAGAUGUUGUUAGAAACAGAUCACCAGAUGGCCAAAUUCAAGGCAUAUUAAAACGAAAGAUGAGUAGAGAAGAAGAGCUUACUAAUGAAGACAUUUCACACGGCUCCCCGGAGCCUCAUGGUAUUUUAAAGCGCAAAUCUAAUUCCAGCUCUAGUAGCAGUACUACUUCUUCUCACGUUUCUAUUGCUCAAGCUGUUCUUUUAGCAGCCGCAGGCGGCGCUGAAUUAGUUGAAGACGAUAAGGAAAUCGUCAGACCAAUUUUGAAGAAAAAGAGCUUUUCUGAAGAACGACCCUGUCUUGAAGUUUUACCACCUGAUACACCUAAGCCAAUUCUAAAGAAAAAAUCUACUGAACAUGAUGAUCACGACUUUGAUCUUCCAAAAAAACCAAUACUUAAAUCUUCAAAAAAACUGUCCGGCGAUGAAGGACACGCUUCUAGUUUCGAUAUGAGCGAAGACGACAGAAGCUCGCGAAGACCUUCACUUCUCAGAUCACGGACAUCUGACCAUUCCGGCUCGGAGUGCGAAGCGACGGUUAAGCCUAUUUUAAAGCAGAGAGGGUCAAGUCUCACCAGGGAACGUAGCCAAUCCCCGCGCCCACGGCUCUCAUUUUGCGCAGACAGCGAUGCGAACAUUAGUGUGACGAAUAUCAGUUGCGACGCGAGCGACUUACCCGCGGCUGGACCGCGCCGUACGUUGAAUCUCGCGGCUGACACGGAAGACAAUUAUCCGUGCGCUGUACUGCGCCGAAGAAAUCUGCGCCCGAAAUCGAAUCCACGAUCGAAAAGCUUAGUUUGUGAUGUGAACGACGAAUUGCUCUCAAUACUUAAUAAUAGGAGGAUAAAAGUGGAAGAAAAUUGUGAAAACGGACACUGUGCGCCGUGGGAGCUCGGCAACCGGGACGAAAGUAACGGUGAUGACAAACCGAAGACGUUUCCAUCGAUUGCGGCGCGAAUAAAAAGUAUGGAGCAAGCUCUCACUAAGGAUGUCCUGGCGAAGGAGCAACCGUCGACAUCAAGGUCCAAGCCUCGUGAUAAAGAGCGUUUCAAAACGCAGCCAAUCACUGUGGACGAAAUGCGCUCUGUUGCUUCCAGUUUGGAUCCGGGCCAAGCGAGUUUCCAACCGUUCGCCACAGCGGACUGUAGUUUUACGAAACGCCCCGUCGAGUCCGGUGCUGCUGCACCCAGGAGCCUCGGAGCGGCGGAACCCGAGCGGGACCCGUUUGUUGACUUCGCGCAGAACUUGGAUUCGCCGCCUUUCGGCACCAGCUCGUUCAGUGUCAAAUCUCCCGCCACCAACGGAGAACUACCGGCCGUCAAGGACGAAAGCUACGGCGAGGCCACCUUUCUAGAUUUCGAAAACAUCGUCGCGAACGCCGAAAGAAAACAGUCGACGUUGGACGAGAUCGAACAAGAGGUGAACAAGGUCCGAGUGGCUUUGGAUGAGGACUGCCGGGCCUUGGAGGAGGACGAGAGGCAACAGGCCGAAGCCGACAACUGGAGUCUAAAUGUGUCUUGUGAUAGCGGAGUGUACAACCGCGCUUCGUCCAGGGAUUCCGGUCCGCAUUCUGGUGAAGAACUAGGCUUGAUCGAAAGCCAGGAGAUCAGGGAGAAUCACGCUACCAACAGCAGUGGGAACGACUGGUCUCCUUCGUCGAUCGAGCGCGGGUUCCGAGUGAUGGAGCGUGAUAGGAAGUCUACUGAGAACGAGUGCGUUCGAAGCCCUCAGGACCCGGGCAGCGAUGAUGAGGCCCCGGAUAACAGCGUGGGGUUUGCUCUGGGGCUGGUCAAAAGCAACAGCGUGGUUGCCAGAGCCAGCAUGUGGCAGCAGUUGCAGCAGCAGGCCAAAGGAACGCCAAAGCCACUGAUUCGUCACAGUCGCUCAAAGAAUAAGGAGGGGCCAUCCGUGACGGAUCGCUUCAAAACACAACCGAUCUCUUUCUCGUCACCCCCAGAGACCGCACCGGAAAGUCCCAAGGAAGACUUCUCUCUCGCUCAGUCCAAGAGCUCAGCUAAUAUGCUAGACAGGGAUGAAGAUGCUAAGUUAGACGAAGACGAUCCAGCUAAGAUGUCGCUGAGUGAGAAGAUGAAGAUGUUCAACCAGAAGUUGACUCACAAACCUCCUGUGGCUGGUCUUCCACGAGCUAAAGAAGAGAGGACCAGGACUUCCCGGUUGCGGACAAUGCCUGUACUCGCCAGCCACGUUCAAGAGGCGAUGGAACAAAACGAGAGGUUGACCAAAUCCCUGACUCAUGAGGAAGUGCCACGUAAUCCCGACUUCCAACUCAAAAUGGAACUGUUCCGAUCGGCCAGCGCUAAAAACACGUCGCUAGAGUAUAUGAUGCGGCAGAACGCAAAGUUUAGAAGCUUAGACCUCGACGACGACUCGCCGGCCGAGAGAGUGCAGCGCAUGAUCACGCCCGAGGUGCGAGGCAUCCUCAAGUCGGGCAGCACUGUGGUGCCGACCAAACCCAAGACGCUGGCCAAGGGAGAGAGUUCCGAGGUGCGUGCAUAUGGUCUCAAAGAUGAAGGCAUCGAUAGCUCCUCGGAUGACGAAUCCGCUUCCGCGUCGAGCGUCUCUUCCUCAGAGAAAAGCUGUUCCUCAUCAGAUAGCUCGGACGAGAUUCCCGGCCCAAAACCAAGGAGAUUCCAGCGCAAAAACAACAAACUGAAAUCUUCCAGAACCGAUUCAGACCUCACCAGACUUCAAGACCAAUACCCUCGUAAGAUUCAGCUACCAGGAGCGAAUGAACUCAAAGAGCGCUUAACGCAGGCCAAAAACCCCGAAGUGAAGCCGCUUCUCGCUAAACUCGUGAGAAAACCAUCAGAGGAAGCGAAGAAAGAAGAGGACAACACUAGGUAUCGCAGGUUCGUCAAGAAACUUGACGAACCCAUCCAGUUAGGGAAGCUACGUAGGCCUCCAGAAAAGAUAGCCGUGCCAAGCCAACCGGUCAUGAUGACCCAGGAGAAACCACCAACAGUACUAAAGAUAUCCGCGUUGAACCAAGAAGCGAAGAACAAGUUCUUUGGAUUGGAUGUACCUAAGAAGGAGAAGACCAUCGAUGAACUGGCAGCCGCAGUGAGAAAAUACAUUCCACCAGUGAGCAAGUCGAUGUCAAUCCACACGAUGGAAGUACCCGGCUCCGGCAGCGACGGCGAAAGCAGCGGAGGCCGCGAAGUUCGCCACAUCAACACCAGAGUGCGCUACAGGGCGGGCGGCGGAGUGCAGCGCAGCGCGACGCAUGCCGAGAUGCCGCACCGAGGGGGCACCAUUGCCGAAAGGCUGGCGGCGCUCCAGGCAGCCGGCGCGAACGACUGGCGAGCGAGACUCUGCCGCCUCAGCCCCGACCGCGAAGACUCCAAGGCCAUCGAGAGGGCAAAGAACAGGAUCAACGAAUCUCUAAACGCUGCUGUGGACGAAAAGAAGAAGGUUCAAAUAGAGGACAACGAGUUGGGAGAGAAUAUCCUAGCAGACAGACGGAACAAGCUCGAAACAGCGGCCCAGGGAUGGCGCAAACGCGUCCCACAGAGCGAUGCGUCCCUGUUCACCGUAGCGGGACGGCUGGAACGGGACAAGGUGGCCACUGCCACGCCGCCGCUCACGCCGCCGCCGGUCGCAACGCCGCCCGCCGCCGUCGCCUCGCCUGGGGUACCAGCUCCGAACACAUUCAGAUCUCGCAAACAGCCAUCAUCGCCGCCUAACGGGUUCCCCUCCGGUCCGCUUCGGUCAGCAUCAUGCGCUGUGGUCAGCGCGGCCGCUGUCGAGAAGCCGAAGGAGCCGGCGCGGCCCGACCGCGAGUCAUUCAAGCGCAGCCACUCCGUCAGCGAGAGCAUCAGCUCCAGGCUGGAAGAGACGCAGCCGCCGCCGAAUGAGCCGGCGCGGCACGACCGCGAGUCGUUCAAGCGCAGCCACUCCGUCAGCGAGAGUAUCAGCUCGCGGCUGGAAGAGAAUGUUCCUAGUCGAUGCUUUGAUAGUGACAGCAAUGAAAAAGCUGAAGGAGAAAAGAAGCCCACGCGAACUGACCGCGAGUCGUUCAAGCGCAGCCACUCCGUCUUUGAUGAAAGCGAUAAGCUGAAGGCACCGGGCCCGCUUCGGUCAGCGUCGUGCGCUGUGGUCAGCGCAGCCGCCGUCGGGAAGCCGAAGGAGCCGGCGCGGCCCGACCGCGAGUCGUUCAAGCGCAGCCACUCCGUCAGCGAGAGCAUCAGCUCGAGGCUGGAAGAGAAAGACGAAGGCUCCCCCGGUGCAGAGAAGACCGGGUGCGCUGUGAGGGUACCCAGGGCUGAUGAUGAGACCUUCCACGCGUUCUUCGCGCCUCUACAGCAGCAGGAGAGGACCCACGACCUGGGAGGAGACGUGGACCUCGACGCCAUUGAUAGCGGGUCUAGGCAAUUACUGGCGAGCGACUGGGCGCGUCGUGCCAAGCGCGAGAGGCGUCACGCUGCCUCGCGGAACCCUCUCAAAGCAUUGGCUGCCCGUACCGACCUCCGGGAGGAGUACGUGGCACCACCUUCUACUAUUCGCGAACAACUCUUCAAGGAGAAGGUGACGGCGAACUGCGGUCUAGCGGCCGAAGCCCUAGCGGCUCUGGCUACCAAAGAAGACUUCUCGAACGUGGCGCUCCGCUCGGCCUCCGCCGCCUGCGUGCCCGCGCACGGGGCCAAGCCCACGAUGCUCCUGCAGGUCAAGGGCAGGAGGCGCGUUCAGACUAGGCUCGUGGAGCCAGUGCACACGAACGUGAACCGCGGCGACUGCUUCGUGCUCACCACGCCCGACCAGGUGUACCUCUACAUUGGACUCUACGCCAACGUCAUAGAGAGGAACCGCAGCACCGACAUCGCUCUCCACAUCCACAACACCAAAGACCUCGGCUGCAAGUCCACCGGCGUCGUCAAGAUCGACGAGCAGACCAAGAACUACUCCAACAAACACUGGAACCAGUUCUGGUCGCUCCUCGGCGUCACAGAGGCCGUGGAAGACUACAAACCGAUCGAAACUGGCCACGCCGAUGAAGACGAGAUAUACGAGUCUUGUAUCGUCCAAACCAACAUGUGCUAUGAGGUCAUGGAUGAUGAAUUGGUUCCCAUAGAGGAAUACUGGGGACAGAUGCCCAAAAUCGCCAUGCUCCACCAAACCAAAAUCAUAGUCUUUGACUUCGGAUCAGAAAUGUACAUCUGGUAUGGAAAGAAUGUGCCAUUGGAAAGCCGAAGACGAGCGGCUCAAUUGGCUCAAGAAUUAUUUGAUGAAGGGUACAACUAUGAGGAGUGCCACAUCAACCCGCUAAACGCAGCCAUGUACCAAGGCGCGAGGGAUUUGGAAACCAACGGAGUCAUCAAAACCUCCAAGAGCCGACCCGAAUGGGCCAUCCUAUCCAAGAUCACACAGCACAUGGAAACCAUCCUGUUCAAAGAGAAAUUCCUCGACUGGCCUGAUUACUCCCGAGUCAUCAAAAUCAAAGCGCCCGAGAACAAAUCUAGCAGUACGGAAAUCACGCCUUGUGAUGCUGAAGAAAUGUGGUCGAAUGAGUACCAGGACCCAGAUCUCAUUUUAGAAGGGUCUCACGUCGGCCGCGGCACCAAUUACUACGAUAAAGAAAAUAUGAGGCACUACGACAUAAAAACCAAGUCGGUUUGCAAGUGGGUGAUUCAGGAGUACGAUUUCCAGAAGGUCGAAAACGACGCUGAAAUUGGCGAGUUCUUCUCGGGUGAUAGUUAUAUCAUCAGAUGGGAGUACCAGAUCACUGUCACGGGCAGAGAAUUGAAUGGGAAGCCUUCAAAGCACAACGUCACUGGUCGCGAUCGGUGCGCAUAUUUCUGCUGGCAGGGCAAAGAUGCCUCUUCAAACGAGAAAGGCGCUGCGGCCUUGUUGACUGUCGAGUUAGACCGAGAAAAAGGUCCUCAAGUGAGAGUAGCGCAAGGCAACGAGCCCCCAGCGUUCCUGAAUCUCUUCCAAGGCAAUCUGAUCAUCCACCAAGGGAAAAGGGACACCGAUAAGAGCCGGUAUCGCUUAUUCGUCACUCGCGGCAACUUAUCCAACGAAGCGUACCUCCUCCAAGUGCCGUGUUCAGUGAGACAGCUGCGGAGUCGCGGAUCGCUGUUGCUAGUCGACACCGAGAAGGGUUGUUUAUACAUCUGGCACGGGGCUCGCAGUCUGAAGCACACCAAAAACAUUGCCAUAGAGUUAGCGAAUAAGUUGAUCGCGCGGAAGUCUGGGUACCUCUUCGGUUUGAACGCUUCGGAUGUGAAGAUAACUGAGGUCAAAGAGGGGGAGGAGCCUAAGGAGGUGUUGGAGGCGUUGGGCGUGGCCAACAAGCAGUACUAUAAUUCUGUUUUGGGAGGGGGUAGAGACGUGGGGGGUGAUACUACGGCGCGGCUGUUCCAUUUCACGGACCUGAGCGGGCAGUUCGAAGCGAACGAGGUGCUGUCGCCGCUGCGACAUGAGCACCUGGUGACACCCUUCCCUUUUGAACAAAAGGAGUUGUAUUCGGCUUCGCAACCAGCCCUGUUCCUGCUGGACGACGGCAGCAACGUGUGGCUGUGGCAGGGCUGGUGGCCGCGCGGCGAGGACGGCGAGCUCGAGCCCGCGGAGAGGAAUGCUGGAGUAGGAGCCUUCGCGGGCCGCUGGCAAGGCAUGCGUGCCGCCGCACUCCGGACAUGCGAGGCGUACUGGCGCGUGGGCCGGCCGGACGCGGGCCCGGACGCGCGCCCGGACGUCCGGGUCGUGGCCGCCGGACUCGAGCCGCAAGCCUUCACCGACCUGUUCGAUACCUGGCGCGAGCAUGAUGAAGCCGCGGACGCUAAUAUUGCGCACGGGUACAAAGCCGGCGCCGUGCUGUCCGGCGCCUGCGAGCUGUCGCGGCUCAGUGCCAGCGGCGCCCUGCUGCCGCUAGCGGCGCUGCAGCGGCGCCCGCUGCCCGACCACGUCGACGCCAUGCACCUGGAGCGACACCUGGCGCCGCACGACUUCCAGGAGGCUUUCGGCAUGACCAAAGAGGAGUUCUCGGCGCUGCCGGCGUGGAAGCAGACGAGCCUGAAGAAGGACGUGGGCCUGUUCUGACGCCGCGGCCGCGCCUAGCCGCCUUUUGUACACGACUAUUUAUACUUUUCUACCCGUAUUACCAAGGAUUUGAUACAUAAUGAUAAAGCACGCUUUAAAUUCUAUAGUGAUUGAAACCUAAAACUGUUUUGUACUAACGGAAUGUAACUAUGUAUUCGUUAUCGUGAUAUUUUCAUGUAACCGCCGUAGACUAGCUCGGAAUAAGGAUUUGUACGCGGAAUUGUCUCGUCGCAUCCAUGCUGGCGCACCGCCGUGUAAAUAGUUGUUUUAAUCUAUUUAUUAUUUUGUAACGUCGUUCCUGUAUUCGUAAAAUUUUAUUAUAACAUCUUUUAGUAUGAAUUUGUGAUUAAUAUAAUUUUUAAUUUUAUAAAUGGUCGUUUUAUUAUCCUCGCGCUUGCCGACAUGGAUAUGACAAUAUGAAAUGUAUAUCGAGGUGAUAUUUUUCGAUUUUAUGACAUAUUAUCAAAUGAUGGGUUACGCCAAAGACUUCGGCCCCUGAUUACGUUAACGCAUCGUUUGACAAUAUCGGACGUGUAAUUUUUGUAGGGCAAAUGUAUUCGGUCAAAGUGUGGUUAACUGUUUUAAAUCGCUAGAUAUACAACACUUCUACUAUAUUCGCUUUAGGGUAGGCUUGUGUCUGUGACGGUUGGGAUCCUAUACAAAUAACAUGUGAUAACUUUAUUAUAAUAUUCGCUUAGCUAACGUAUGUAUCGAUGCCUCCAGUGUCGCGUUUUAACAUUUAACAUAUUUGUAUAACAUUGUAACUGUCACAGAAGUACUAUAUUAAUAACAUCACAUAUCUCUUGUAUGCUACUCUUUUAUACUGUGCGUUAGGUGGACCAUGUUUUGAUAUUUAAUCCUACAGUAUCAUUUGAUUAGCUUCGCCAGUUGGGACGUAGUUUAUUGACCACAUGAUUUGACCUAAUGUUAUGUUGCUAUCGUUGACUGAUUUUAGUAAUGAAAAUCUUGCGCAGACGAGCCAAUAAUGUUACCAUGAAACCACCUGUUUUGUAUCAAAAUGUUUUGGAAAAAGUAGCACCAAGUACUUUUAACGAAGGUAUUAGUUUUGGUGAAGCGGUGCUCAAAAGUUUGUAAAAACGCUCGUCUGUCGAAACGUUUGUAGUAUAAUAGUCGGCCAACACAUUUUAAAUCUAAACUUGAGAACCAGUCAAAUCCUAAACAUUUGUGUGUUCCAAUCGAGCUUGUAUUUUAACCCUCAUUUUACAGAAUUAAAAUCUCUUCCAUUUUCUUAAACCUUUAUACGGCCGACUAUGAAUAAAAAUUGUAACGCUGUUGCUAUGUUAUUGUAUAAUUUUAGAUGUUUAUUUUUUAUAACUAGCAUUAAUUACCCGUGAAGAGCUAAGGUGGGUUGAGUAUUGCCAGUAUUGGCUGCCUUCGCGUAGGGUACCAGUCAUACAGUAGUUAUUACAGUAACGUUGGAGUAAGAUGCAUUUACGGCGAAACCCACAGUGCCUGCAGCGUUAUGGUAACUCUCAAAUUCAAUGUAUAAUGUUUUGCUUCGGUUGUGUUUCAUAUACCUAUGAUUAUUAUUGUAUUUGAGAUUUAUUUUGUAUAAUAAUGUAAUAAAUCGCUAAAUUGGUCAA